CUGUCUAGUGCUGGCUGUAUGCGGCGGCGGCGGAGCCGGGUGGAAGGGGCUGCCCGGGCCCUGCCUGAGGCUAUCGCCGCGCUGAGUCGGUGCUUGCCAGCUGGGCCCAGCCCGGAAAUCUUCCGCCGCGCCAAGUUCGAUCGACCAGAGGCGGCUCCAGUGCUCUGGCAGCUUCUCUUGCGCGUGCUCUCACCACUGGCUGCAAACAAUACCUGGACCGACCUUGCCCCAGAGGCCCAAGCCUGUGUGGUGAAGUCAGCACUGGGCUCCCAAGGCUACCCCAGGUCUGUGCUGCUACAGUUUCCCGACGGCAGUUCUCAGGGAAGCCGGGAACUGCUGCUGGCCCUGUCUUGGCUCCUGGCUCGAGGACCCUUGCUUGAGCAGCUGCUUGCCCAGAACCGUGUGCAGCUGGGUGACCAGUUGCUCCAGUGGGAGGCCCCAACCAGUCCUGGUCCUCCUGCACCCUUUGUGGAACCAAAGAGCUCCGUGGAUCUCCGACUAGUGGAAUGGCUGAUGGGAAGGCUGCGGUUUAGGUGGCGAUGCCUGAUCUCUAGUCAGCAGGAGCAGUGUAUCCUCCUCAGCAAGAUCCACCUGUACACCCAGGGAUGCCACAGCCAACGGAGCCUUGGCCAUCUUUCUAUUGCCGAAACAGAGAUGCUUAGAGAUCCAGAGAGUGGUCAGCAGCUUCUGCAAGCACUGGAGAGUGAGAACAACCGCCUGGAGGCAGCUCUGGAGUGGCGGCGCCGUGAGCUGGUGUUCUGGCAGUGGAUGGAUACAGUUUUGGAUACCUGUUCCCCUGAGACUCCUGCUGUGACAUCCCAGCCAACGGUCCUGCCCGCAAUCUCUGAAGGUGGGCUUGGUGAGCUGGAGUCCGUUAAACAAGAGUUGCAGGCCCUGCAGGAGGAGCUACGGGAAGUGUCUGAGCCCCGGCGGGCUGCAUGGGAAGCCCGGGUUGGAGGCCUAGGUCAGGGGCCAGAAUGGAGCAACUCAAGGAAGGCCCUGCAGGAGGCUGUCCAGCAGGAGUUGGCAGCCCUGCAGGGGUCCUGGGAGCGGUCCAGUACCCCUGGCCAGCCACAAAGACCCCAUCGACUGGUGAGAAGUAAAGAUGGGGCACCAAGACCCCAAGGCCUACAGGCAGCCGAGGUGAUCAGGACACUGAGUGCCAAGGAGGCCUGUCUGAAGAAGGCGUUGUACCAACUGCAGCAUCAGUCUCGGCAGGAGCUAGCCAGGCUGGCUGCUGCUCUGCCUGGCUUGAUUUGGAUUCUGCCUCCUGAACACUGAAGGCCCUAGGAUGUAGCCAUCUGUGUAGGAUCUCAGAGGCAAGGAGCAGAGAGGUCCAGGCCUGUGUUCCCUCCAGGGCCAGAGCCCUUUCACCUACAGUUUUGGUGUUACAACAGGCUGGUCCUCCUGAGAGAUUUGGAGGGGACCUAUAUAUACGCGGUAGAGCUGUUCCUGGGGACACCUGGCUGCUGCCCUCUUCCACUGUCCCUUCUCUUCCUCUUUCUGGCACACUAGGAUGUGCGUAGCCUACGGUUGGCACCAUGCUGUAAUCACACAUGCCCCAAAGUACAGGAAGUAUUGGGCCUCCCUGAGUGGAACAGCUCCGGUUGUUUCCCUGAACCUCUUUCUUAGACUCUGGCUCUAUGCCUCCUGCAGCAGAGCUCCCUCCUAUACUGGGCCACGGAUGCGCCUGAUGUGUGUGUGUGGUGGGAAGCUGGAUGGGAGCCUGGGGCUCUGCCUGGGAGAGCGGAGGAGAGGAAGCUGUGGUGCAGACAGAAGGCUUUUGUUCUGAAGGCUGCUGGGUAAGCUCAGCGCUCACAAAGCAGCCUGUGUCCAGGACGUGCUUACAGCCUGGUGGGAUAGCUCUGUCCUAACCCAGUCUUUCCCAGCCUGCAGGCUCAGGCGGGUUCCAUGGUCUCUAGUCCUACCUUCCUUCCAAUCCCCAGCUCCAAACACUGACCAGGCACUGGAUAGCUGGUAGGACCCACCAGGCAACCUCCGUCUCUUGCUUAUCUAGGCCAGAAGCCACUACGUGACUCUGGGAGCCUCGAACACUAAAACAUUCUUUCAUGGGGGUUUCCUGCUUGUCUGGUGGUGUGUGCUUGAGUGACAGCUCAUGUCUGGAGUACAGGUGGCCUCUGGCCCUGAGGCAGGACACCAUACUGGUUAGUUCCAGUGAAUGUUCCUAGCCCACUUCUGGAUGACCAGUGUCUAAUAGGUCCUUCCUAACUUUUAUGGACAUAGUUCCUAGAGUCUCUGGAACCUCCUGCCUGCCGCUGGGCCUCUGCUGGACCUCCUGGCCCGCAGCCCCUGUUCCUGCUUGUGAACGCUUGUUCAGCUCUUCUUGCUGCUUCCACCAAUGGGUUCCGGCUCUGGUCCAGGGCAUGUGGGAACUUGACUGUCUGGCUCCUCGUGACUGUGAUGUGGUCUAUAAACAAAUCUACUUAAGCUUGCUGCCUCUGAGAACUGCCCUGCUAUAGGACUUCCAGUGGUCCUAUAGAACUCAACCUUAAAAAAUCCAAAGCGGAUUCAAUGCUAUGAGCUCUCGCUUCUCCAUCUGCUCUGCAGAGUUAGUGCAAUUCCUGUCAGAAUCCUCUGUGUGUGUGUGUGUAUGUGUGUGUGUGUCUGUCUGUCUGUCUGAGGCCAUGAGAAGGCAAAAGCCUGUAGGGGUAGGGGACUCAGCCAUGGGACUCAUCCUUGGUCAAGUUGUCACCUGGGGAGGACCUCAGAACUAGCUUUUCCACACACAAGGGCUUGGAAUAGCCCAUGUUUGUGGUCUCAGUGCUCUGUGUCCUCAGCUCCCAUACUUGGGAGCCACACAGUCAAGUAGGAAUAAAAUGUGUCAGUUGGCCAUAAUGUCCCUGGCAGAUCCUGACGUCCUGGGGCAAGUUCACAGAUUGAUGACCUGUGCUGCUCCAGGGUCCUGCAGCAUAAACAGAUCAGGCAUUAGGGACCACCAUCAACCCUAUCCUCCCUGCCUCUGAGGAAGACCACAUUGUCCGCCAGGACUCCCAACCUGAUCCUAAGGUCGGCAGCAUCUUUAAUACUUGUCAUGAGAACUGAAGCUCUGGCCACCCACAGGUACAUUUGAGGCCAGCAGGUGGACAGUGGGGCCAUGCUCUCGAACCAGUGAGGACAUGAGUUUGUUUCUUGGGUUCCCAAAUAUGCAAAGGCAGACACCUCCUUGCUUGAGGUAGUGGGGAAUACCAGAGGUGGAUUCCUGACACCGGAAUGUGCUGACUGUGAAGGGAAGUUUAGUAAUUCCAACUCUUGUCAAAGCUAGAAACUUCUGUUUAAAAGUCGACAUUAAUAGGAUGUGUCUCAGUGGCGGAA